ACGGGAAUCCUUAUCUGCACCGAUUUGCAAAAGGUACAAGAGAACGCGUUCAACAGGCUCGACUGUAAAUCGUCCGUUGUGGGUGUACAGAAGGCUUUGACUUAAGGAGCCCAAGAGGCGCGCCAUACAACGCCAGGAGGCCCCCCAUUACCACUGAAUCCACCACGUCGCGUUCCCUGUGCAUUGGCCGUUGAGUAAACGAGUUCGAACUCCGCGGUUCCUCCGCUAUAUAAAGUCGAUUCCUUCUCCUAUCGUCCCUCUUGCGCGCCGUCAUGGCAUUUCCACCACCUCCCCUUCCCCUCGAAUUGACCGACGCAAUCAUUGACGAACUCAGUGACGACCGGGACUCGUUGAAGGCCAUCGCACUCACGUCGCCUAAAUUCGUUGGCCGUGCCAAGAAACAUCUUCAUCGCGAAGUCGUUAUUUCUUCCGCCAAGCCUGAGACGUUUGAACGACUUGAAGGUUGUUUUAGUGGUUUCAAGGGCUUUGUCAAAGUUCUUCGUUUGGCCUUUAUGAAGAAACGCUGUAAAGAGGGCGUCGACUUGGCCAAGCGGAUCGCACCUCAUCUUCAGAAACUUGAAGAAAUCAAGAUAGAAGACACGGUAUAUGACGAGAAGCUUUUUAACGGGUUAAUCCAGUCCUUGGAUCGUGUCCAUACGUUGAGGCUCUCGAAUGUCUGGUUCAAUUCGUUCGCCGAAUUCGCUGCACUUCUCUCGCACUUGCCUAACCUGCGAAAUCUACGCAUGCAUCGUGUCCGUACUGAGGAUACACAUCAUGAUGAUAGUUACAGGCUCGCUGCCAAGAGCGACCCACCCCCUCUUCUGGAGGUUAUUCACACAGGCGGUUGUUUGUUUUCCGGCCAGUUGUUUGAAUGGUUAUGUCGGCUACCAGAGCUCCGCAUUCGCUCAGCGCAACUUAUCUUCCCUAGUAACGUUGACGGGACACCUCUCUUCGAGUUUAUGAAGCGGACGUCGGGAUCUCUCACACACCUGGACUUGGAUUUGUACACGUCCCGAUACCCGUUAGGCAUCUUGAACGGUUCGCGUAAGACCGAUUCAACGUUCACAAAACCCUUGCUGGUCAAUAUGCCCAAGCUAGAAUCGAUAACGUUUGGUAGCCUUCCGUUGUGUCCUGAUUCCUCUCCCGGGCCAGAAGGAGGCUUGGAGGGAAAGCUGAACCUGUCGUGGGUCACUGACAUUCUCAAAGAUGCCGAUCCUACUAGCCUAAGCCAUAUCCAGUUUAACUGCACUCUCUGGGAAGUUCAAGAUCUCGAAUACUUUCCCUUCGAAGAAGCCGCUUCGGUGCUCACCACUCGCCAUUUUCCAUCCCUACAAUCUGUUACAUUCCUUAUUUCUCUCGAGUAUGCCAAGAAAGAAGACUUCACAUCGAAAGUUUCUUGCGUCAUUCGAGAUCGUCUUCACACACUUGCUAAGGAUGGCAUUCUGCAUAUUCACACACCUCCAGCAAACACCCUCGGGGAGUGGCGUCGUGAACGUGGCUCAAAUUGGGGCAGAGGGCCGGACUUUCUCUUCCCUAGCAACCCUCCCCUCGGCGACGAACUGCUCCACAUGGGAUUUGAAACCAUAAGGCAGGUCAUUGAAUGGGAGGCGCAGGUUGACGACAUCUCUGUUUCCGAUGCAAUAUUCGAACGACAUGCGCUGAACAUUCAGCCGGCGUUACCUUUGUUGAGACCACUUGGUAGGGGUCCCGCUCACGAAAACGUGGAACGAGAAUUUCUUGCACAGGUGUUGACCACCGAUGCUCACGAGUGGGAUCCGGAGUACAUGGAACCAUUGGAUAACUUCGUAGGAACUUACUUGGCACCGCCCCCAAAUCCAGGUGGCCUCGGGCAGUAAGGCGAAGGGAUGAAAAGGAAUAACUUCUGUACUGUAUCUUGGGGGUGUUGAUGUCUGCCCUGCAUGUAUAAUAUGACUCUCUGUCAAACUGUAUAAUGUAUUCGUGCAAAAUGAUCUCUGUAAGUUGGGUAAGUUAGAAGACCUC